AUGGCUAACACACGUUCAGGAAAGGAUACUUCAAAACCCACUGGUGUCGACAAAAACACCAAUGCUCGAAAGACCCGUGAAAGAGAUGAAAUGGCCGCCCAGAGAAGGAAAAUUGAAGACAAGCGGAGACAGCGCCAGCAGAAGCUCGAGUCACUCCGGAAGGACUUGCUAGCGGCGGAGAGCCAAUUGAAAGGCUCGCAGCUUACCGAGGAUGAGAGGGAUGAGCUGCAGAAAAAGCACAACAACUUUCAACAAGUCAUCCAAUCUACGGAAGCGGAUAUCAAGAAAGAUGACGAGGAUUUGAUGGAUAUUGAUACAAAGGAACAUGCUGCCACAGGUUCCAAUGGUCAGGCCCCUGAGAAUGGCGCGCCAUCGAUACAACCACAACCUGUGCCGCCGAACACAUUGUCCUCGAGUGGAGAUGAGACGUCGGUGAAGCAGGAACCAGUGGAUGCGUCCAAUGGACAGAGGCAGGGACAACAUAAAAAAGCAGCGCUUCCUGAUCCCGAUACCGCAAAAGCGUCCGUCGAGGAACCAGAUUUGGUCGGAAGUCCGAAUCCGAACGAAGAUAACGAUGGUGAAUUACUAGUCCGAUUAGAUACAUUAUCAAAAGAUGGCCAUUCGAACGGCACAGCAGACGCGUGUUUCAUGAUGCUCGCAGCCGAGAAGCUGAUUGUUCGAUACGGGCCAAAGCAAGCGUGCAAGUAUGUCAUCCAAUCCGGCAAAGAACACAGUUUCGAUGGUCUUCAGCAAGUAUCCGAUCCAGAGUCGCGGCUUUGCUCCAUCAUGGAGAGGGACAAACGGGGAAAAUUGCGCCGUCGCUAUGGCCCCGAGAAUAUCGAAGGGAUUGUUGGUGUAGCCAUUCUGGAGAGGCCCCCUAAAACGAAAAGCUCUAAGGCGCCAACGACCUAUGUGAAGCUCAAGUGGACUAAUAUCGAAGAGGAAGACAAACACUUAUGCCGAGGUGGCACCAAUUGGAUCACACGAACAGAUCUCAUCGAAUUAACCAACGAGGAACUGGCUACGUCAAAAAUCACGGAGACCUGGGAGAAACAGGAGGCACGUUAUAACAACUGGGAGCAAGGGCUACCUAUAGGAACUCCAAACCGUUCGCCCACGCCAUGUCUACUGGACAUUUUGCAAAGAGCAAAGCAGGCGGAAGAGUCGGAUACAUUUCGAAAGCUCCUACCAUGA